AUGACACGUGGCAAUCAACGAGACACGGACCGUGCGCGCGCCCAGGCGCGUCAGGCCAAACAUGCCAAGAGUACAACCCAAGGCAACCCAUUGGCUAGGCGUGAAGCAGAUGCCAAAGCUUUACAGGAAAAGAUUGCUCGUAAGGCAGCCAUGAAACAAGAAGGGGGUGACAUUAAUGCAAGUGUCAAGGACAAGAAUACGAAACAGCAGAAAAAGAAAUAG